UCUUUUUCUCUUUACAAAAACAAUAGUACUUUACCACUCUUCAGAAUAAAUGGGUCAAUAUUUAGCAUUUUUAAAAUGAAACAAUUAAUCCGACAUAUUUACCAUUAUUCAUAAUAUAAAGGGGUAAAUUUUUUCAAUUAUAAAGUAAAAAUAUGGAUCUAAUAAUUUACUAUUAUUCAUAAUAAAAAGGGGUAAAUUUUUCAAUUAUAAAGUAAAAAUAUGGGAUCUGAUAUUUACCACUUUACAGAAACAAUAGGUCGAAAUUUAUCAAUUUUUAAGUAAGAAAUUAUAUCUGAUAUUUACCAUUUUUCAGAAUAAAUGGGUCACGCAUCUUCCAGGUUUUGUGUUUCCGACACUUUUUGCUCAUUCGAUCCUCUACAGGUUAAACACAGAUAUACAGAUACAAAGUUUAAAGACAUCCCUGAGGGGUUUGAAGUUCUAGAUGAGUUUACACACACACCAUCUAGUGAGGGUCAAAGCAAACAAAACUACUGCACAGAUGAUAGUGUUAGACUUCACGAUCUUGAGAAUAGUGCCAGUGUUGAAGUAUUUAAGCAUGAAGUACUUGAAAAGACACAAAUACAGGAUAUGGUUGAGAAAACCUGGAAACCAGAAAGAAAACAGCAGGCCUGGCAAAUAUAGCUGAAAUCUCACCUUUUCCUGCACUUUGUUCAUUUCCUGCCUUUUUUCAUUUCCUGUCCUUUCUUCAAUUCCUGCCCUUUGUUCAUUUCCUGCCUUUUCUGCAUUUCCUGCCCUUUGUUCAUUUCUCGCCCUUUUUUCAUUUCCUGCUCUUUGUUCAUUUCCUUCCCUUUGUUCAUUUCCUGCCAGCUUUGUUACCUUUCCUGCCCUUUGUUACCUUUCCUGUCCUUUGUUCAUUUCCUGCCCUUUGUUCUUUUCCUGCCCUUUGUUCAUUUCCUGCCCUUUGUUCAUUUCCUGCCCUUCGUUCAUUUCCUUCCCUUUGUUCAUUUCCUGCCCUUUGUUACCUUUCCUGCCCUUUGUUCAUUUCCUACCCUUUGUUCAUUUCCUGCCCUUUCUUCAUUUCCUGCCCUUUCUUCAUUUCUGCCCUUUCUUAAUUUCCUGCCCUUUCUUCAUUUCCUUCCCUUGUUUUAAGUUUCAAAUCCCAAUCUACAUUUUAUACCUGUUUUGUAUUUAAAUCAAUGUUUUGUACUAAAAAAAUCGAGAAAUGUGUUUCACAAUAAAAUUAAAUAAGAUUUG